AUGGCCAAGCCUCGGGUUACUAAAAGCCUCAAGAAAGGCCAUGCGCGUUCCGCUGCCAAGGGACCAAAGCCCACUGGCAAGGCUGCCGUUGCCGCGCCCUCUGCCUCGCGCUCUGCCCCGCGUUCCGCUCUUCCCCGCCCCGCUGUCCCCGCUGUUCCCCAACAGCCCAAGGCUGCCGUUACGGCGCCCUCUGCCUCGCCCUCCGCCUCGCGCUCUGCCCCGCGCCCCGCUCUUCCCCGCCCCGCUGUCCCCGCUGUCCCGGCUGUCCCCCAACAGUCCAGCGGCCCCAGCCUCCCCAUUCCUCCGCUUCCAGAGUGGAUGGAAUUCGACACUGUGGAAGAAGCGUCGACGUUCGCGAACCGUCACGCCAAGCCUUACGGUUUCGCCCUCGUCCGCGAGAAGUCCUGCAGGGACGGAGGACGCUACCUGACUUGCCGCCGAGGAGACAAAGAUUAUCGGCGCCAGGCAAAGGGGUCAGCUGGUCACUGCCCCUACGAGCCGAUCGUCAGGCUGGACCCGGGAACGCUGAAAUGGCGUAUCGUCUUCACGAAGGACGUCAGCCGGACGCACAGCCACGGCCAGUUCACCCCGCGCUUUGCGCAUUCCAUCCAUCGUCAGGAUGAACUCAAGAGGAAGGCCGAUACUAUCGGGCUGUACUUCGCAGCAAAGAUGACCUAUAAGGCCAUCGUUGCUUCGCUGAAGAGCCUGGAUAGUGAGUCCUGUGUCCUCGAGAGGGACCUCCCGGCGUUUAAGAUCACAUGGAACGCUGGCCGGAUUCUGGCCCCCCGGAAGAAGGCUUAG